CAACUGUUAGAAGUUCGGUGUUUGAAUGUUUGGUCUGGGUUGCUAACGAAACUAAAAUUACAUCGAUACAGUGUUCAUGUUGUAUCGGAGAAAAUUCGUCAUUCUUUUAUCAUUAUUGAAUGGAUUCAGCAACUUCACGUUCGUCUAAUCGACCUGUAUCUCGUAGAGGUGGAGGAGGAGUUGCGCCUGAAACAAUGACAGCAGAGUCACCGAUACAAUAUCGUCCAGUAACACGGAGUGGUCCACGACCUCCAUCCGCGUUACGAAAUGGAACAGCCAGCCGACUAACAUCGUCGUUGGGUGGUCCAACAACAGGCAGUCGCAUUGGUACUGCUAUAGGAAAUGUUGGAAAUAACAUAUCGGAGAGACCAAUCACCCAGCAUGGACUGAGUGGAUUGCCAACUGCUCACGGUACCGCCAAUCGGUUGAUAAAGGACAAACGUUACUGGCAAGCUCAACUUCAAAUGAAAAUGAACGAAAUUACGCGAGAAACAGAUAAGUUGAAUAGAGAACGGCAAGUCAUGGAUCGCGAAAGGUCUGCGAAACGAAGUUUUGAGAAAAAAGUCAAAGAAGCAACGAAGGAGCUUACAAAUCUUCAAUCUAAAUUAACGGAUAUGAACAUUGUACUGGACAGUCACAGCAGUGGGACAACACGUCAACAAAUUCAGCAAGAGGCAAUCGCUAUUCGGGAACGAAAUGAGAACAUUCAAAGUCAGUUAGAGAUGCUGUUCAACGAAAGGCAAUCGAAGGAAGACAAGAACAAGGAAUUGGAACGGAAAAUUAAUGAAGAAAAGGCUAAAAUCAACGAAAUGAUUUUCGCACUAUCGCCAGCGGAUCAGGAACGUUACCGUCAACAUGAGAAACAACUGGAAAAUCUUCGGGCGCAAAAUUCUGAAAUUCACGACCAAAUCGAUUCUCUAAUUAAACAGAAACAACGUAUGGAAGCGACGUUAUCCACCUCUCAAACACGGAUGGAAGCUGCUCGAUUGCUGACCAAGUUAAAUGAACUGGUGGCUAAACGAAAUAAUCUGCGUGAAGAAGAGGCCAAUCGUCUUACUCCAGCCCAAGAAAGGGAAAAGUUAAUUGUUGAAGUGAGGGCGAACAAUCAGGCCUUGACCAGCAUGAAUAAGCAAAUGAAACAAAUCGAAGAUCAACUAACUGACAAAAAGGAAACGUUGCAACAAAUCGAACAAGACUUGGAAGAGAGCAACUCUGAACGGCAUGUCAAGUACAUGGAAUUGAAAAGACGAGACGAAACAAUGUCUGCAUUCAUGGCCACGUUUCGUGCGAGCAUGGAGGAAGAGCAAAAUAAUAUUGACACACUGAAGAAUCAAAUAACUUAUGCCAUCGAACAGAUUACUCUGCAGGGCAUUAAUUUAAAGAACUACGGCAUCACAAAGUCAUCGAUCCUGAACGAAAAGAAUGAUCUCAGUUCACAAGAGGGCCUUCUCAAGGAAUAUAAAAAGUUGAGCAUCCAGCUGAAGCAGCUGCAAAUACUAGAAAAGAGGACCAAAGACCAAAAGAAUGAGCUGAAUGCUGAAGAAGUAUCGGUUAAUGAGGAAAUUGUUAAAUUUAGUAAUUUGGAUGUAUUGAGAGAUGAUGCUGCUGCUAAAAUGGAGGAAAUGGCAGCUACGCUUGAAGAGUUGAAGAAGAAGGAAAGAGUGACGGAGAGUGUUGUUCAAGAAGCUAGAAAGCGAAAUGCAGAAAUUAAGGAAAAACUGCGAAGCAACGAAAACUAUCGGCAAAUAUCUCAUUUAGAAGAGAAACUGACCGACUUGAUAAAAGAAAAUAAAAUCUUGGAGGAAUCUUUGUUCCAGACGAAAAAGGAAUUUGACUAUUCGGAAUUGAAGCGACAGGCUGAAGAGAAUUUAAACUAUGUCUUGGAAGCUAUUAGGAAUGAAAGUGUUGGAUUUUGAUUUCUUUUUUAAGUUUGUUGCGUUGAAGUGGCACGAUUAGCUUAGUGUGGCUCGUAGAUUUUUAUAGUAUAUUGUUCACCAAUGAAAAAAAAAUUUGCAAAUUUAAUCUCAAAGGUGUUGUCUGUGGCCAGAGCGUAGCGAGGGUAACAAUCACCAGGGAAUAUGAAAUUUCGUACUUUUUUCCCGAGGUCAACACAACGUUUUUCACAAC